AAAAAAUUCCAACCAAAAAAAAAAUUGAAUGAUUGAUUGACUUUCACUUUGAGUUUAAAUUUGAUAUUGAAGAAUAAAAUACAGAUACCGAUUAUAUCAUGGCAUCCAGUUCUUUGAGUCAGGAGAGUCUAGAUCCAGAGGACUUUUCUUACAACACAAGAAAAAACAAAAUCAGAGUUCCUGUAAGGUCUAGAGGUACCAUUCACAAAACCGGAGAGUCAUUCGACAAAGGAGGCGAACCAGAAGUAUUUGACCCUGAAGACGCAGAACAACAGGGUGGAGGCCACGAUUCGCCAACACGGUCACGUGCUAAAGAUAAAGCUAGAAGAUGCAACCAUCACUUCAAGAAAAGCACAUCGGCGAAAGAGAAACGAAAACUUCGAGAGAAAAGACGAAGCACAGGUGUUGUACACUUGCCUUCAACAGAGAGUACGGGAGAUAGUCUAGAAGAUGAAGAUGGAGAGCAUGACCGUCACGUGUCACCCGAAACUAAGAGAAACACAUCAUACAAUGAAGUCAUAGAUGCUGAUAACCCACAGACUCCAGAAGAGGAGAGAUCAUUGAAGGCCUUGGCUACACAAAGAAACAAGAGCCCAUCAGAUCUUGAUGCCGACUUGGAGGAUAAUCAGGAUUAUGAUAGCACCGUUAGCCAAUCAGAGACCAACCUUACUCUCAUUGGCAAAUCAGCUGCAAGCUCCUACAAUACCCAGCAAUUCACGUCACAACUAAAGAAUCUCCAAGAAUCUAGCAAAUCUGAUCCAAAAUCUGCAGUAUUGCCUCCACAGGCCAGUCCACUGCAUCAAGCCGGAACUACUUUCACUGGAACUACUUUCUCUCCUCGUAGAUCAGAUCAAGAUUCAACUGACAAUUCUCCUCAAAGGACUGCUUUUAUUCCCUAUAAACAUAUCUCGACAGAUUUAAGUAGGUCUGCGGCAGAUAGGAACAUUGCCAAUAGGUACACGCCGUUAAAUGGACGGAAUAGUCCUUCAAUGGCAAGCAGUAGUGCACUCUUGUCUAAAAACCAUGAGCUUGAAAUCGCCCUUGAGAAGGAAAGGGAAGAAAAUAGAAGACUUCAAAAACUCCUAGAGGACAGAGAUGCCCAGCUGUAUGCCCUGAGGAAAGAACUGGAACUUAUGAAUAAGCCAAAGGAGUAAAAUGGAUCUUGAUGGGAUGGACAUUGAGAAUGAGAAACUUCAGAAGGAGAACAAAGCCUUACUUCGUGCAAUGGCAUCAUUAGAUCUAUAACAUGGUCUGUUUCCCACAGUGUGGCAUCAUUGGAUAUGUAUUGAAUAUACCCUUGCUUACAAUCAAAUCAUUGGAUAUAUACUAUAUGUGCACCCUCGCGUACAAUGACAUCAUUGGAUAUUUAGCAUAUGUGCACCCUUGUCUACAAUGACAUU